ACUCCCACUUACAGUUUGCUGCUCGCCUGCUCAACUCAACCUCGCCCUGGUUUAAGAUACAAUUUCCAACCCAAACUCGUUUGUCUAUCUCAAAGAUGUCUUUGAGUGAGAAAAGUGAUGAGGAGCUCAGCAAGUUGCUCUCUCAGUAUGGCAUCAAACAUGGACCCAUAGUCGACUCCACUCGAAAGCUGUACGAGAAGAAGCUUGAGAAGGCCAUGGAGGACGCUCCAGUGGAAGAAUCCUCGCCUGAUAAGACCUACUACAAAGAGGAAGGUAGGAUGCUCCUCGACUCCACUCUGUACGAGAAGAAGCUUGAGAAGGCCAUGGAGGACGCUCCAGUGGAAGAACCCUCGCCUGAUAAGACUUACUACAGAGAGGAAGCGGAGGAAAUUACCUACAUCACAUAUCACACCCCGGUUAGACAAGAUAUGCAUUCAGACAUGCUGAAACGAAGAAACAACGUUGAGCCGGAGGAAGACGAGGAAUCGGACCAAGACACAGAGCCCCCUGUCACUUACAGAACAGCCAAUCACAGCUCAGCAGCACGAUCCAGGGAUCUGGAAAGAAAGUCUGGAGGCAGCAUGUGGAAGGUGAUUCGGCUGCUGCUGCUGUUAGCUGUGUCAGCAGCUGUCAUCUACUACGCCUACUGCCGUGUGAUCAACAAUGAAGAAAAUCCUUUUGCAAAUCCUUUUGUGAUUCAAUGAUCGGAUAUAUUGAUGUUAUCAAUUCCAUAAACCUUUAAAGGCUGGAAAUAUUCUUUAUUUCUUAGUGUCACCAAAUCAGUGAAAUGAACAAAAUCAGACAAAUUAUAGUCUGUUUAGACAAAGCCUGGUAUAUGCCCGACCAUUGUUUUGGUGGGGCAGCCUGCCCCGCCUAUCAGAACCCCCGCCCCGCCUGAGGGACCAGGAAUUAUUUUAGAAUUAAUAUAUAGAUUGAAAUAAUGUCCCUCAGUCAUGUAUGGUUCAAGUACUGCAUUUCUGAAUGUUGUGGUGGUAUUUUGGCGGGGCAAAACGUUUGUUUAUCCUUUCAAAGUGUUUACCUCUGCUCUGAUUGGUCUAACUUGAGAGCAGAUCGACAGUCAAUCGUGAGUGAUCAAUGUGUCUGUUUCUAUGUAUGUUGCUUGUUUUGCUUUGUGAUGGGGAGUUGACAAGUCUGACGAAGAUUUCUGUUGCAUCGAAAUGUUGCACAAUUAAAAUUGCUGGGAACUUUUAA